AUGGCGUCCCAUUUCGGAGUGUCCAUCUUAUUAUCUUACCCAUUCACCACCCUUAUGGUCAUAUUUGUGGCGUAUUGGAUAGGAUGGAUUAUUUACGCUAGAAAUUUCCAUCCGCUCAGCAAGGUUCCGGGUCCUUGGCUGGCGUCCGUGAGCCGACUAUGGUUUAUGAUUCAGAUAGCAACUGGCGAAACGGAGAAGACCACACGCCGUCUUCAUGAAAAAUAUGGUCCUAUCCUCAGAAUCAGCCCGAACGAGGUUACCUGCGCAUCUCCGGAAGCUAUCAAGCUCAUCUAUCGCACUCAACAGCCCUUGAACAAAACAGACUUCUACACUCCGUGGAAUACUCAAAACUUUAGCAAGCACCGGGAUGCCUUCACCGAGAUGAACGAUAAGCGACAUGGGGAGAGAAGAAGGAUUGUGAACCAUGUUUACAGUCUUGCCAACAUAUUGAAGUCUGAGAAGUACAUUGACCUUUGCUCCGAGGUUUUCAUUGACAGAUUGGAAACCAUAGCUGCCUCGCAGCAAGCGAUGGAUUUGGGACAAUGGUUGCAGAUGUAUGCCUUCGACGUCAUUGGUGAGCUUUACUUUGGUCGCAUGUUCGGGUUUAUGGAGAACAGCCAUGAUCACGGUAGCUGGAUUCAAUCGCUGGACCUGCUCAUGCCUUUCCUAUGCAUGACCUCAAUUGCGCCUUCAUACGUGCGCCCCCUGAUUCUUUCCUCAGCUUUGGCCGUUCCUGGGUCUAUAAAGGCGUUAAAGGCUGUCGACACCAUUGGCACCGCAGCUCGGGCAGUGGUCGCGAAGCGAUUCAACAUUAGCGCCAAUCCUGAACAUGAACCACGAGCAGAUGUACUUCAACAACUAUAUGACAUCUAUAUGGAGAAGGGCUCCAAAGUGGACUUCAAAAUGGGUGACAUUGAACAGGAAGCCUACGUAGCCUUAUUCGCUGGUUCGGACACGACUGCUAUUGCGUUUCGGUCCGUCUUCUACAACCUGAUGAAGAACCCAGAUGUAUACGAUGCGCUCGUGGAAGAGAUCGACGCGGCGGUCGAUGAUGGUAGACUGCAUUUCCCCGCGAGCUACGCCGAGGCCUCCAAGCUGCCGCUCCUCUGUGCUUGUAUCAAAGAGGCGUUGCGCGUGCACCCUGGUGUUCAGCUGACCAUACCAAGGAUUUCUCCGCCUGAAGGUCUCGAGCUCUGCGGCACGUUCGUUCCCUCGGGUUACACCCUAGGCGUGAACGCCGCAGUAGUGCAUUUUGACAAGGCCGUUUUUGGCCCUGAUGCGGACCAGUAUCGGCCCUCUAGGUGGCUAGAGAACAAGGAUAACGCCACCAAUAUGGAUCGAUAUAUGUUGCACUUCGGUGCUGGUACGCGCACCUGUAUCGGCAAGAACAUAUCUAUAGCCGAGAUCCACAAACUGGUUCCUGAGCUCUUGAGGAAGUUCAAGUUCGAGAUGUGGAAUCAAGAUGCGCAGUGGAAAACGCACAACCUCUGGUUUUGCAAGCAAACCGGCCUGGUGGUCAAGGUGACGAAACGGGACCUCUGUUAAUACUAGUAAUGCUUUUGGGUGGUCAUGUUUACCCAUGUCUGUAAUAAUGAAUGUUAGCAUAAUUAUUUGUAGCUAAAGGUAUGUACCAUGUUGUUCAAUUUAAUUUGAAUUCUGACUUCGAUUCAUUCGCGCGCAGGCUACACUGUAUAAGGUAUAUCUACACUUAUGCAAUUUCGAUAAGAGUAUUUGAAUAAGACUGGACU